ACGGUGAAUCCCGCUGCCAACCUCAAAUCCCACCAACCCUAUUUACAUAACUCAUUUUAGACAUAUUUCUUGGGAACGCUUACCCGUAGCCCGCGUUGCCUGUGGGCUCGGUUGUUAUCACACUCACAGGAUUUCUCACAAUGUAGAAUAUAAACCCCAUGUUUGCUCAUCCUCUCUUAUUUCCUUCAUUCACUUUGUAUCCAAAUUCAAUACCAAUCUUACACACUCUCAACUCUUACUUUGAAUCUUUUACCGGUACAAUUCAGCCAACAACGAUAUGGGAGAAUUUUUCCUCCUAGACGACUAUUUUGUCAACCUAACACUCUUGAUCACUCUCUUCUACCACAUCAGGUUCGCCGGUUGGAUCUUUAUUAUGGGUCUUGACAGACUCAUUCGUAUGGCCCCCCUCUGCGGCUGCUAUGUUUUCAAUUCUCACUUAUGGUGGCUAACCUGGGUAGCCUACGUCGGCGGGGCAACUUUCGUGGUUCUUGCGCUUGUGACAGCUGUUGGUGGGAGUGGAAACAUCAGAGUAUGUUCCUUCAUACCCCUUAAAUGAGAGCGGUGUUCCGGCUGCCCCUACAAAGCUUGGAAAGCUUAGAAGUAGAGCAUUCAAGACAUUGUGAUGUUUUUUUUUUUUUGGGGGGGGGGGGCGAUCAAGUUAUCUUUCUCAUCGAAAUUAUCUUCUGCCUACAGCUCUGGAUGAGAUUGCCAAGUGGCUAAUGUGAGGGGGGUAGAAUAUUUUAGCAUCUGUAUUCAUGGUGCUAUGGGCCGCCCGCUUCAUCGGGUUCCUACUCCUUGGCUUCUGGAAGACUGGGUGGGCCCUGAGAACUAGGAGAGGUAACCUUUUCGGUAUCCUUCUCAUCCCUUGCUUCUAUUCUCCGUGGCUGACAAAUUAGAUAGACGGAAUAUUUACAAAUAUCUUUCCGUCAUUGAUACGCUGGAUUUCCCAUAUGGUCUGGUCCUGGACCGGCUCGCUGCCUAUCACAAUUCUCAACUCCCCCAAAAUCGGUUCUUUCCACCAGCCUGUGUUCGGCAGUGCGACGGACAUUGUUGGUACGACCCUGUUUAUAGCUGGCCUCCUUAUCGAGUCAGUAGCCGAUGCGCAAAAAUAUGCCUUCCGCAAUGGUCCUGGGCGUCUGGAUAGGUCCCUAUUCAUGCGCACUGGAUGUUGGAGGUAUUCUCGUCAUCCAAAUUACUUUGGAGAAAUUAUUUUGCACUUUGGGAUCUGGUUGAUUACCAUCACCCCUUCUGUUGAUGGAUGUGUUAAGGGCAGGCCGGCCGCAAUACAAUAUGCGACUGUUGUGGCGCCAAUACUCUCGCUGCUCAUAGUAUUGUUCAAAUUAGGACUGUCUUUGAGUGAGAAGGGCAUCGCCAAGCGAAGAUAUCAGAAUGGGAUUGAUUGGGAGGGGUAUAGCGAAUAUUUGAAGUGUACCAGUAUACUCAUACCCAUGCCCAGUGGGGUCUGGAUGGCAUUACCGACGGUUGUCAAGAGGACCAUCGGCCUUGAGGUGCUCCCCCAUUUUUCUCAAUUCAAGUUGCCGAUUCAUUCUGACGAUACCCAUAGUUUCCAUUCUAUGUCUUUGAUCCCACGAAGGAGGGUUAUACCGGUUAUACCGCUGGUAAGGCAGAGAAGUGGGCCGAAAAGAGCUAAGGGAGCGUGGGUUGAUUUGCACAAUGUAAUGGGCGCGUUGGUGGAACAUAUUCAUACCCUUUGUGGGGUAUGAUGUUCCCUACUAUUGUAGAUGCUUACACCCCCUAUACAAUUUGAAACGUCCCUAGUGUGCCUAGGCUUGGUUCUAGCAACGUCCGUCCAUGAAGGUAGAAUGUGAGAAGCGAGUGAUCU